AUGAGUGUCAAGACUAACGACGUUAAAAAAUUAGGAUUCACAAAUGAGGAAAUAAAGGAUAUAUUAGAGGAGGCAGGUUAUGAGGUUGAUAAAUAUUAUUUUAGAAAUUGUCAAAAAUUCGCGGAGUUUUUAAAUGAGUUUGAUUAUGAUGGAAAAAUGAAUAAAGAUGAUGUUAUAAAUUUCUUAUAUCCCACAUCUAAAAAGAGAAAAACUAAAGAACCUGAUGUUUUCCCUGAAUAUUAUGAAGAACGGAUUAAAGAUGAUGAAUAUGAUGAAAUUGAAAGACUGGAAAAAAUAAGAGAUGAAAUAGAUGAAAAAAUUAAGGAAUUAAGAGAAGUUGAAAAAUAU